AUGGGUGUUGACGUGAUUGAGGCCGGCUUUCCGGUAGCUUCCCCCGAUGACUUUGAGGCUGUCAAGCUCAUCGCGCAGGAGGUCGGCAACGCGGAGCAGGACGACGGCUACGUGCCUGUGAUCUGCGGCAUGGCGCGCACCAAGCUCAGCGACCUGGACCGCGCGUGGGACGCGGUGCGGCACGCGCGGCGGCCGAGGAUACACACGCUGAUCGCGACGAGUGAGAUCCACAUGAAGCACAAGCUCAGGAUGACGCGCAACCAGGUGCUGGACACCGCGGUGUCCGCGAUCAGCCACCUGCGGUCACUCGGGUGUGACGACAUCGAGUUCACCGCGGAGGACGCCAGCCGGUCAGACCCCGAGUUCCUAUGCCUGGUGCUGGCCGAGGCCAUCCGCGCGGGCGCCACCACCCUCAUGAUCCCUGACACUGUGGGGUACUCCAUGAGCCACGAGUACUGGGACCUCUUCUCCAUGCUCAAAAGGAACGUUCCCGGCAUCGAGAACGUGGUUCUGUCUGCCCACUGCCACGACGACCUGGGCUGCUCAACAGCAAACAGCGUGGCCGCCGCCCUGGCAGGCGCGCGCCAGAUCGAGUGCACCGUCAACGGCAUCGGGGAGCGGGCGGGUAACGCCUCCCUGGAGGAGAUCGCCAUGGCCCUGAAGCUCAAGGGGUGA